AUUCCACGCGGGCGAACGGGGCGGAUGAACGAUAUCGGUAUCGUUUCGGUUUAAUUUAGGUGUAGAUAAACGCGAUAAGAACUCGCUACAUUUCGAAAUCACCCAAAAAAAAAAUGUGUGCGGCGACAAAAGCUUCAAUUAGCAUUUAAAGCAUUGAAGCCCCAUCAUCGCGAUCCCAUCGUUAAAAAUCCCUUCAGAUGGAGGAGGACGUGCUGAAUGCCCUGCAGACGCGAUGCGCCUAUUUAUCCGGCGGAUUUGAUCGCCAGAAGCGCAUCAUCUUCGUUGUCAACGCGUUCAACGAUCUGCAGCUGUGGAAUCGCCGCUAUCUGCAGGUGACUCUGGACUAUCUGAAGCGGUCUCUCAGCGCUUCGGUGUUGCAGAAUGGAGUGAGUGUGGUGGUCAAUGCCCAGGAGAGUAGUUCGCGGAUCUCGCGCCAGCAGGUGCGCCAAAUAUACGCCCUCUUUGGAGGCGACAUCAAUGUGGAUCUGUAUCUAGUCAGGGCGGAGGGCUUCUGGGAGAAGCAUGUGGAGCCGUGCACCAAGUCCCAGGUCAAGGGAGAGCCUCUGGUGCUGUCCAAGGCGAGACUGGGCAAGUUCAUAGAGCCGCAGAACCUGCCCGAGGAACUGGGCGGCACCUUGCAGUUCAACUACGAUCUGUGGCUGCAGCAGCGCAAGUCCAUCGACGAGUUUACCAAGUCGCAUGUGCGGACUUUGGCAUCGAUGGAAAAGCUGUUGGCUCUUCUUCGCGGGCACAAAUCUCUGCGGCCAGCGGAAGCGGAUGUGGAGCUGAAGAAGUGCGCCCAGCUGCAUGCCGGUGUCCAAAAUGACAUAGAAUCAGCGAUAGAUAUGGGUAACGCGAUCUUGGCCCGUUUCAACGAGGUCUACGAGCCGCAUUCAGCGCCGCCACAAGCGGUCGCACCUGCCUCGGAAUGCCCCGUUAACCCCCCGCCGCCGCCACCACCGCCCAUCCCUGCUGCCCACUCCGCCCCUGGAAUCCCCCCGCCAAAGCCCCUUUUGCCGCCCGAUCUCGUUUGUGAGCGUGCCCGCAUCGAGCUGCGAUUGAAUGAGAUCGAGAAGAAACAGACGGCCAUUCGAACAGCCUGGCUGGAAUUGCUGCGAUCUUUGAGGGAGGCACGUGAACUCUGCACUUUGGAGGAGGGAGUGUCGUUCGUCACCAAUUGGAUCCUGCAGCAGGCGGAGGAUUUGCUAAGUCGUCAGAGGAGCGUUGCCGGUGAUGUUCGUGGUUGUGAGAUCCUGCGAUCCGCUCACGAUCAAUUGGAACUGGAGUGCCGCGAAACCUACGGUUGCUAUGCGGAAUUGCUUUACAAAAUCGAAAGAUUCGCAGGCGAACGGCAGGCAUCUGCCAAGGACAUCAAUCUGUGUCAGGAUCUCCUUUCGCAGCGGGAUUUCAUGCAGUUUGUAUGUCGCUCCUUUGCAAAGAGAUUGGAACGACGACGGAAUGUCCUGAUGACCGCCUUGCGAUUCCAUCGUCUCCUUGAGCAAUUCGAGGAGCUACUGGCCACUGGUAAUCAUGUGGUGGAGGUGGACAGUCGAUCGCUGGAUUGGCCCGAAGCAGAGCAGCUACUCAUGCAGCUCAAAAACAACCAGCAAAUGUUGAGCCACGUCGAGCGCGAACUUGUGCGUGAAGGUGAAAAGCUGAGCGACAUGCUGGCGAUGCCGGUGAAAGACGCUCUGGGCCGUGACCUCCAGCUGGACUACAGCGCGGAGAUUGGCCAGCUGCGGCGGCAGAUCGACGAGAGUCGGCGGCGACGUCAGGUGUGCGGACAGCGGCUGGCGCUGCAGCGGCUCACCUUGGAGCAGGUGACCCACAUCCACGCCUACGAGGAGGACGCGCGGAGGGCACGCGACUGGCUGCAGGAACUGUAUGCCGUCUUGCUGCAGUGCCACUCCCAUGUCGGCUGCAACAUCCACGAGAUCCAGCUGCAGAAGGACGAGCUGCAGGGGUUCGAGGAAACCGGACGAAGUAUCUACCAUUAUGGCUGCCAGUUGCUGGAGGCUUCCCAAACGCUGAAACUCUGCUGCAAAUUGGAUACCUCGGGAUCGAGGCCAGAGGUCAAUGCCAGUCAGAGUGUGAUCAGUGAUGAACUGCAGUACACGUGGCACAGUCUGCAGUCCGUUGCCCAAGAGCAGAUGACCAGACUGCGCGUCUCCGCUGUAUUUCAUCGCAGUGUGGAGGCCUAUUACCGCCAAUUGAGGGAACUACGACCUCUACUGACCCAGGAGCUGUCCGCACAAAUGCAGCAGCAACAAAGACAGCAGCACAAUCGCAGUAGCAGUGGAAUCAGCAGCGAUGCAGGGGGAGAAAUGGAUUCGGAGUUAUCUCCACUGGGAGAAAUGCCACCACGGUUGCAAAGACAUCUGGUGGCCAGGGAACAACUUCUCGUCGAGGUGGGAAGAAUGGUCAGAUUGGGAAGACUGCUGAAGAAGCGUCUUAAAGAGCCCUUCGUCUUGGACGCUUUAACAGGAAAAAGAUUUCGUAAUUUGUUUGCCAAAUCAAAGGGAGAUGAGGUGGAGGAGGAGGAGGUGACCAUCACCGCCAGGCCGAAAGUGCCCAGCAUUGUGGUGGAUGAGCCACCCAACGAAGUCAUAGAGGUCGUAGAGCAGCAAAAUGAAACUAAAUCCCCAAAUGAAUCACAAACUGAGGCUCCUUUGGCCAGCGAAGAGGAGAUUCCUCAUGAGAUUCUAAGUGAUUCCUCUAGCGAUCUCAGUCGACUUUUGGAGGCCAUUAACGAGGCCAGUAAACUGCCGGAGCAGAUUCAAGCUGAUGAUGAGCAUUACGAGGAUGAUGACGAUGAUGAUGAGACGGCCAGCACUUCGAGUGUCAAGACCAAAAUAGCCAAGGCCUCUAUAGAAAGGGAUAUUAUCUUGGAGGAAACUGAGGAAGAGGAGGACGAUGAGGUGGAUUCUGGACCUGCGCUUCAAAGUCUGGAAAAGAUCAAGGCUCUCAUUCGAAAUGAUAGUGAAACGUAUCCGCAAAGCGAUUACACCGACAAUGAAACCCCUUCGCACUCACGCACUGCAUCUGUGGAUUCCGGAGCACCCGAUAAUCCGCGUCUUUCUGGUGAUUUUAGUGUUGUGGCCGAUGAGCUACCGCUGGACUGCAGUCCAAGUCCACUCCAUGAUAGUGGAAGAACGAGCAGUGCUGGCAGUGAGGCACCCGGCGAAUCCCAAUCCCAAUCCCAAUCCCAGCCAGCCACUGUGCAGGUUGUGCCCACGGGCGGCAACGAACUGGCCUGCGCCGCCAUUUCGCACAAACUGGGCGCCAUUGCCGAGGUGGCCGAAUCCCUGGACGCAGUCAUCCGCGAUGUCCAGCAGCAGGAGGGGGCGGCCAGCAAUGGAAUCAGCAGUGCCAGCGGAGGACAUGGCAUCAAGAAACUGGGAAGCAUUGAGGACUGGCACUCCCGCUCCACCGAGGACGAAUCCUUCGCCACCGCCUCCGAGGGCAACUUCACGCCCAACUCGCACUCCUCCUCCUUCCAAACGGCCUCUGGACGCACUAGCUCCUACAUUGGCUCGGCCAAGAACUCCUUUGACGAGGCGGAUGACUCUACUUUGAGCACCUUCGAGAUUCCCGAACUGCCACCCUCACCGGUCAACAUGUCCUUCGAUAGCUCCGAAAUGAGUUACUUCUCUGCUCGCCAGCAGAGGAUGAAAAGUGAGGAUCAGGAUAGUGUAGUGGGCGUGGCAGAGUUGCACAGUCAGAGUGUGACGCCCACUCCGGAUGAGGAGCAACAGCACUUACUGCUGCCACUGCCAUUGCCACAGGCCAUCGAAUCGGAUAGUGAGGUGGAGGGAUUCAGUUUGGCCACCGGAAUAACGACGGAAUCCGCACCAAGGAUUUCGAAUGCCCACACGCCGGAGGUGAGCUACCGAUCCGCUGAUAAUACCGCUCCGGCUUCAACUAACCCCAACGAAACGAAACCGCCGACGUCCUGGCGACGUAGUAAAUACUACGAGAAUAUAACAAAACAAACGAUCAAGGGAUUUCUCUAAAAAUUAAAUCAACCUGAAAAACAAAUGAACAAAACGAUUUCCCGCCCAAUUAACCUGCGCCAUUUGCUUCACUGCCGAUGCUCGACAUUCUUGCCAUUAAUUAGUUGGCAUUUUACUUUUGAUGUUUUCUACAAAAUCAUAUUUUAGCAAGAAGUUCUUUACAUGUUUUGUUUUGUUUUGCUACUUUAAUUUGCAUGAUUGCUUACUGUUUUUCAACCAAAUUUAUUAUUUCUGUUGAACUUAAUUGCUUGCGAAAAACUGUUUUAAAUAUUUUAUGCCCAAAAUAUUUAAUAUUUCUUUACAACUAGUUCUUAACUUAUUUAUUUUGUUAGAUACAAAUUUAUUUUAAGGCUUGCCAAAUUAGAGAAUUCCAAAAUGCAUAAGAAACUUAUAUAAAAUUUAAAUAAUAUUUAGAAUAAGAAAUUAAAUUCAACCAGAGCCAGUCGAAAUUUUUGCCAUUAAUUGUAUGUUUAAUAUUUAUUAAUAACUAUUUCUCCCAACACAGUCACAAAAUAUAGUGCAAUUAUUAUUGGAAAAUGUUUUACCCGAAAAAUAAA